UCACACUCUCUCUCUCUCCCUCUCUCUCACACACACUCACACCAUGCGUACCUGUCCGGAGCUACUCUACCACCCCGUGCUGGAUUUUACUCAUGCGUCAGGCUGACAACAACACUCUCAAAGGAUAUUUCACUCUUUUCUUUUCCUCCUCGUCGCUUUAUUGAGCGCUCAGAAGAAGUGACCGGCGCCGCAGCAAAGGGUUUAGAGGAGGAGGCCGUGCCAUGAGCGCUGACUUUUGAGUCUCAACCGAGAAGCCCAACAAACCAUUUGUAUUUUUUUCUCUGGUGUGAACUGGAGCCACAGUCCAACCAUGAGGAGCAGCUCUCAUGUCCUGCCUCUCAGUGUGCUCACAGUUCUGCUGCUGUCUCAGGUCUGCUCUGGCAUCAAAUGGCUAGCACUGACGCACGCUCCCACAUCUUUACACGUCAACCAGACCCAACACUGUAAGAUGCUGCCCGGCCUGGUGUCCUCCCAGGCUCAGCUGUGCCGCAGCAACCUGGAGCUCAUGCAGACCAUCAUCCAAGCUGCCCGCGAAGUCAAGAAAACGUGUCAGAAGACCUUUGCUGAUAUGCGUUGGAACUGCUCCUCCAUCGAUGUCCCCAGGGAUUCCCCAAAGUAUCAUCCAGACCUCGAACGAGGAACGAGAGAGUCUGCGUUUGUCUACGCCCUCUCUGCUGCGACCAUCAGCCACACCAUAGCAAGGGCGUGCACUUCUGGAGACCUGCGACUGUGCUCAUGUGGUCCCAUCCCAUCGGAGAUCCCAGAGCCCGGCUAUCGCUGGGGAGGCUGUGGCGACAACCUGCACUACGGUUUGAUCAUGGGCUCCAAGUUCUCUGAUGCUCCGCUGAAGAUGAAGCGCCCGGGCUCCCAUGCCAACAAACUGAUGCACCUGCACAACAGUGAGGUUGGCAGACAGGUACUGAGAGAGGCUCUGGUCAUGAAAUGUAAAUGUCAUGGGGUGUCUGGCUCCUGCUCCAUAAGAACCUGCUGGAGAGGCCUACAGGACUUGAGGGAGAUCGCCAUGGACCUGAAGACCAAGUACCUGUCUGCCACCAAAGUGGUCCACAGGCCGACGGGGACACGCAAGCAGCUGGUACCUAAAGAUAUCGACAUCAGGCCGGUGAGGGAUAACGAGCUGGUCUACCUGCAGAGCUCCCCGGACUUCUGCGCCAGAAAUGAAAAGCUAGGCUCUAUCGGCACACAGGACAGGCAGUGCAACAGAACGUCCCUCGGAAGUGACAGCUGUGACCUGAUGUGCUGCGGCCGUGGCUACAACCCGUACAGCGAGAAGCUGGUGGAGCGCUGCCACUGCAAGUAUCACUGGUGCUGCUACGUGACCUGCAAGAAGUGCGAGCGGAUCGUGGAGCGAUACGUCUGCAAAUGAUUCUGUGCCGCUGACGGCUACACCAUCAGUCCUCUGCAUGUACUCAGCAAGCAGAUUAACCAAAGCACUACCAAUUCCGAGAAGGCUCGAUCCGGCCUUCAGCUUCAGCAUGUGUAUCUCAACCAACAAGUCGUCUAUUCUUGUCAGUAUCAUUUUUGUAUAGAAUCUCCGAGCUGCCAGUCGGGCUUCCAAACUUUUCCGCUUCACAAACCUGGAUGUAGAGAGUGUGGCGACAGCAUCAGUGCGCUUGUGUGAAGACCGCCGUCCUCCUGGGUUCUGUUCCUUUUGUUUUUUCAUUUUAAUGAUCAUAAAAUCCCAACCAGGGAUAUUGAAAGUCUAUUUUAUUCUAUCUCUAUUAAAAAGAAAUAAUAUUGGAUUUUUUGCUGGAGGAGAGGACUUUGUGUUUUUUCGUCACUCGACCAAGACUAAUGUUUGACUUCAUUCCACGGGAUUCGAAGGGUUCUGAUGGAACCAUGUGGUACUUUUUUAGGUACUAUCAACACUUUUUCCUCUGCAGAGAAAUGGACUAUUGAGGGAAAAGAGAACACAAAGGGAACUUCAAUUACUUUUCAAUCAUGGAUUUUUUUUUUUAUGGUUGAUGUUUUUGGACUCUCACCGUGGGUCCUGUGUGGGGAUCCUGACACGCCUGCAUCCCUGUGGAUUGAGAGAGGACUAUUAAGAACUUUGUGAUAUGGUGAAAUGUUGCAUUUUCUCCUCUAUGUCUGACUGACGUGCAGUCAGUUCAAAAAUAUAUUCUAUUUUUUAGAGCAUAUGAGCUGAACUCAUGGAUUUUGUAAACCACUUCUGUGUGGAUGUACAUACUGUUAUUUUGUAUACUGAA